UUUAGUCUAUGAUUUUUUAUAAACAAAAAGGUGACAAAAUUGAUCGCAUCAAAUUUACUUGAAAAUUUUGUACCAUGUUUUAAAGUUAUUUUACACACAAAUAACGGAUUUAUAAAUCAUAAUUUCAAAACAAUGAUUUUGUGGAUCCCUUUGUCCGUAAAUAAUCAGUAUGGGUGAUCUUAGUGCGUCUGAUUGUUCAUGGAAGAAAAUGGUCAUAGCGAAAUCAAACAACAAAUGGUUUACCACGAUUAAAACUGAACCUGCAGACUCUUUUUCCACAAAUAUGAAUACGACAAAUUUAUCCAUCGAUGAAGAUUCAUAUACAUUCGUAAUUAAAGAGGAAAACAAUGCCGUGUGUGUUGAGAACAGCAGCGACGAAGACAGUGACGGUACGGCUCCGAUGGAAAUUGUUGAUCCGCUUCUAGCGCCGAUAAAUAGAAAAAGGCGGAUAAGUGUGGGGCCAAAGAACGAGACGCCCGAGGAGAGGGCAGCGAGGCUCGCAAAGAUGUCGGCGUAUGCGGCAAAGAGGCUCGCGAACGAGACUCCGGAACAGCGCGCCCUGCGCUUGAAGAGGAUGUCCGAAUAUGCCGCCAAGCGCCUGUCGCAGGAGACGAGUGAGCAAAGAGCUAAACGCUUGGCGCGCAUGUCGGCCUAUGCUGCCAAAAGGCUGGCCAGUGAGACACCAGAGCAAAGACAAAUAAGAUUGUCCAGAAUGUCCGCGUAUGCUGCACGAAGACAAGCCAUGAAGAAAGAUAUGUCCUCCGCGAGGUCUGAGAAGAAUAUAAAUACUGAUUAUGUUGAUAUAAACAAUUUAAAGUCUAACCAAAGUUGAGAUUGGUCUGCCAUAGUCAUAUGAUCAGCUCGAUUUGUAUGUUUAUGGAUAAUAAUGCAGUAAAAAUAUUGAUUUAAUGUAUUUUAGGUACCUUGUAUACUAAGCUAACUACAAUCUAAAACAGGUUUAUUACUAAGCAAAACCUGCUUAAUCACCUCAUAGUAUCAUGGUAUAUUGUACAUACUAUCUUUAGUUUCCCUGAAUCAGUCUGUGUGCUUCAUUGAGGCUUUCAGGUUGCAAGCACAAAAAAAUUUCUAUUCAAGGAGAGGCAAUUCUCAAAAAGACCAUUCAUCCAUCUGCUUUUUAGCUCUAGCUAGUGAAUUUCUAUAAACCAGAAUCCAGCAUUGCCAGAAGAGCAUGAAAUGUACAAAAUUUGUACUAUGUAUUUGGGUCAUGGUCAUAUUUUCAUAUCUUUUUCAAAGAGACAGGAUUAGGAUUGGUUUGUCAUUUGUGACCUCAAAAACUAGAAAUGGUUAUCCCAACUUUGUGUCCACAGUUUAAAAUUCAGCAAAUAACUGAUUUUUUGGUAUUUUUUACAUAAAUCAGGCAACUCUUCUCAGCAGCAUCUUAUCUUUUCAUACAUUUCAGGGUCUUGUUCAUAGAAUUUGCUGCACAAUAUUUGGCAACACUGCCAGAAUCAGCUUAUACUUAGCACAGGAAUGUGAAACUAUCUCAUAUUGAGUGAUACUUUUGGGCCUUUUGUAGCCAGUUGGUACAGUGUAAUAAGUGCUGUAGCCCAUGUUUAACAGUUUUUAAACUGUACCAUGUGAAUUAUUAUGUGUUGGGAAGCAUUUGACUAAUAUUAUUAUCUUAGUGAUGGUAGUAGCCACAUAAUGUAGGCCUAAAUAUUAAGUCCAAGUGUGUGUACAGAUAUUUUACUAUGUAAAAAAUUAUUAUUUUUCCUAUCAGAAAUAUACGAUUAACUUACAUAUUAAUUUUUUGGGGUUCUAUAUCUCCAGAGAAGAAAAGGGAACCAUUAUAGGAUUAUUUUGUUGUCUGUUUGUUGUGAGCCUUCAAAGGAAAACCUAUGUAUAUAAUACUUUCUGUUGACCUAGAAUCAUGGGCAGGUUGCAAUGUCUUAUAGCACAAGGGAAAAAUCCGAAACUGAAUUUGUCGUAACAUCACAAAGAAAAAAAUGAAAAGUAUUACUUUUCGUAUGAUGGUAUGGAACCCUUCGUGUGCAAGUCCGGCUCUAACUUGACCAGUGUUUUACAUAAUAUGAUAAUACAUAUUAUGUAUAUUGUAUAUGCAUAAGUAGAAGUAUUAUGUGUGUGUAAUAGGGCAUGUAUGAUUAAGAGCUUGUGCAUUUUUAAGCAUCUAGUGAUCUAAGCUUUUACUGAAACACUAUAAUAAAAUCAUUUUUAUA